AUUACAAGUGCAGUCGCUCCAAGCUCGUCCCUCGCUGCCCCGCCAAGAAGACAGUCGACAUCGACUGCCAAGCGCCCCUCUCUGUGGACGCCAUUCAAGUCGCCCACCGCUGCCGCCUCCACAACCACCCAAUGCGGCCCAAACACCUGAGCUUCAUCAACCACCAAGAUGCUCCGUCCAAACAUUCACCCAGCCACCCAGCUUCAAUCAACCACCCAGCUUCAAUCAACCACCCGAGUCCACCAAAGCACCCGGCUCCGCCCAAGCUACCUCCCGAAUUGUCGCCUGAACAAUUGCCCAACCAUCCGAUGUCGAUCAAUGACCAGGUUCUAUCCAACCUCCUUCCGACCUCGCAACACGGUCCAACGUUGCUCACCCUCCUGGCUCUACCUGCUGCCGCAGCCAUCACCUCCAAUGCAGCCAUCACCUCCAAUGCAGCCAUCACCUCCAAUGCAGCCUCACCUAGUCCAACUGCUGCUGCUGCUGCUGCAGGUGGUGAUGUCAAUUGUGCAGCCAGGAACGAAGCUUCCAGGGUGCUUCCUGAGUCGCUGGAUUAUGAUGGGUUGUGCAAGCCCCUCAUGUCACCAAGAACCGCCCAAAGUGCCAUGAAUGGGAACUUUGGGCGGUUCUUGGUGGGUGGGAGCAGAUGAGAGCUUUGGCCUGAAUGGGGACGCGAUAGACGAGUUUCUAUUCGAGCUGGGAGAGGUAACACCCACUGGGUGUAACCAUGGAGCUACAGUACAUCACAUGGGGUUGUUAUCGAGUGAUACCACUGAGGAAAGGUCAGUGCACGGGCCCUCAGGAGCACCAGCGCUGGAAGCAGCGUGGAAUGCGGGAUCUGGAAAAACAGGAGCAGCAGCAGCAGCAGCAGCAGCAGCAGCAGCAGCAGCAGCAGCAGCAGCAGCAGCAGCAGCAGCAGCAGCAGCAGCAGCAGCAGCAGCAGCAGCAGCAGCAGCAGCAGCAGCAGCAGCCGCAGCCGCAGCCGCAGCCGCAGCCGCAGCCGCAGCCGCAGCCGCAGCCGCAGCCGCAGCCGCAGCCGCAGCCGCAGCCGCAGCCGCAGCCGCAGCCGCAGCCGCAGCCGCAGCCGCAGCCGCAGCCGCAGCCGCAGCGGCAGCGGCAGCGGCAGCGGCAGCGGCAGCGGCAGCGGCAGCGGCAGCGGCAGCGGCAGCGGCAGCGGCAGCGGCAGCGGCAGCGGCAGCGGCAGCGGCAGCGGCAGCGGCAGCGGCAGCGGCAGCGGCAGCGGCAGCGGCAGCGGCAGCGGCAGCGGCAGCGGCAGCGGCAGCGGCAGCGGCAGCGGCAGCGGCAGCGGCAGCGGCAGCGGCAGCGGCAGCGGCAGCGGCAGCGGCAGCGGCAGCGGCAGCGGCAGCGGCAGCGGCAGCGGCAGCGGCAGCGGCAGCGGCAGCGGCAGCGGCAGCGGCAGCGGCAGCGGCAGCGGCAGCGGCAGCGGCAGCGGCAGCGGCAGCGGCAGCGGCAGCGGCAGCGGCAGCGGGCAGCGGCAGCGGCAGCGGGCAGCGGCAGCGGCAGCGGCAGCGGCAGCGGCAGCGGCAGCGGCAGCGGCAGCGGCAGCGGCAGCGGCAGCGGCAGCGGCAGCGGCAGCGGCAGCGGCAGCGGCAGCGGCAGCGGCAGGCGGGCAGCGGCAGCGGCAGCGGCAGCGGCAGCGGCAGCGGCAGCGGCAGCGGGGCAGCGGCAGCGGCAGCGGGCAGCGGCAGCGGCAGCGGCAGCGGCAGCGGCAGCGGCAGCGGGCAGCGGCAGCGGCAGCGGCAGCGGCAGCGGCAGCGGCAGCGGCAGCGGCAGCGGCAGCGGCAGCGGCAGCGGCAGCGGCAGCGGCAGCGGCAGCGGCAGCGGCAGCGGGCAGCGGCAGCGGCAGCGGCAGCGGCAGCGGCAGCGGCAGCGGCAGCGGGGCAGCGGCAGCGGCAGCGGCAGCGGCAGCGGGCAGCGGCAGCGGGCAGCGGCAGCGGCAGCGGCAGCGGCAGCGGCAGCGGCAGCGGCAGCGGGCAGCGGCAGCGGCAGCGGCAGCGGCAGCGGCAGCGGCAGCGGCAGCGGCAGCGGCAGCGGCAGCGGCAGCGGCAGCGGCAGCGGCAGCGGCAGCGGCAGCGGCAGCGGCAGCGGCAGCGGCAGCGGCAGCGGCAGCGGCAGCGGCAGCGGCAGCGGCAGCGGCAGCGGCAGCGGCAGCGGCAGCGGCAGCGGCAGCGGCAGCGGCAGCGGCAGCGGCAGCGGCGGCAGCGGCAGCGGCAGCGGCAGCGGCAGCGGGGGCGGCGGCGGCGGCGGCAGCAGCGGCAGCGGCAGCGGCAGCGAGAACAGAAGCCAUGGGGGCAGAUGAAGCAACUGAGCGCCAUGCUGCUGGCUCUUGCCGACUCCAUGCGACACAGAACAGGCACCAAACGACCUGCUUCUGCCAUGGCUGCUGCGCUCCCUGGCCUCCAUGCUCCUGCCCCACGGCGGCGCGUGGAUACCACCAUGUGCGCUGCAGCGGGUAUCGGCAUGAUGACUCCUCCUGACAGGAUCCAGAAGCGUCCAGCCACCGCCAUGGCUGCUGCGCUCCCUGACCUCCAUGCUCCUGCCCCAUGGCGUUGCAUGGAUACCAUGUGCGAUGCCAUGGAUAUUGGCCAGAUGACUCCUCCUGGCAGGAUCCAGAGGCGUCCAGCCGCUGCCAUGGCUGCUGCUGCACCACCCCCUGACCUCCGUGCUCCUGCCUCGUGGCGUUGUGUCCCUUUCAGCUGUGAUGCGGAUAGUGAAGGCAUGAUGACUCCUCCUGACAGGAUCCAGAAGCGUCAAGCCUCUGCCAUGGCCGCUGCACCCCCUGACCUCCAUGCUUCUGCCUCAUUUCGGUGCGUGCCUUUCAGCGGUGAUGUGGAGAGUGAAGGCAUGAUGACUCCUCCUGGAACGAGCAGCAUGGACCCUCAUGUGGAUGGGGGUGGGAUGGAGCGAUGCAUGGUGGAAAUGCAAUGGAGUGGGGCGGAUGGCCCAGAAACACCCACCCUUAGCAGCACUGCAGUGUUUAACAAGCUGGGCGGAAAGAAGCGCCGGUUGAUUUUCACUGCUAGCAGCAACACAGCCGACGGCGCGAACGCGACAGACGACCGUCUGACCGUCGGCAACCAACUGCCAACCCUGCCUUUCGUGCCCUCCCGACAUCUGACUUCACUGCGUGUAGAGCCCUCGGAGCAGCACAGGGUGUUUGAGCACAGGGUGUUUGAGCCGGUAAGCCAGCAUGGAGUGUUUGAGUUCCUGGGAGGGGCCAGCACCGCCUGUAUUUCCGACUUAGCAGUGGUUGACGUGCGGCAGCAGCUGCAGUGCUGGCUUGAGGGCGCAGCUUAGAACAUUGUGGCACUGCAAAGUCCUUGGUUGGGUUGGUUGGUCGCGUUUACAUUAUGAUGCUAUGCACUGAUGCACAUAGUGUAUGAUGUGGUUGGCAAUUUUGUAAGACUAGGCUAUCAAAGUGAGAAUG